AUGAAGACUACCGCCUUCCUGUCCACUUUCGCUCUGACCGCUGCCGUCGCUCACUCGGCCGCCACGAAAUGUGACAUGGGCGAGAUCCAGGGCUUGCUCUUUUCGAACGCGACCAAGGGGCUCGCCAAUUGCCAGAAUGCCACGGGCAUCGACAUCUUCUCAGUCAGUGAGUUCCCCACGCUGGAGCAGGUCACGGAUCUCUCGCAGAACGUCGACUGCACCAACUACCUGAACCAGGUGAACCAGGUGGCCAACCAAGAGACCCAGUGCAACGUUACGAUCGAGGGCGUCAGCGUCAACUUUGGAACGCUCAUUGCUAGUUUCCUCACAGGAAAGACAGGCAACGAGUCGGAUUCCGGCAGUGGCUCCAUCGAGGUCCCAAGCGACAGUGGCUCUGGAUCGGAAUCGUACGACCCGCCUACUAUCAUCAGACCUGCUGGCUCGAACGGCGCCUCAGGUGCCUACGCUCUUUCGCUUGUCGCCUACUGUGUUGCUGCCACCGUCGCGCUGGCGUUGCAGUAG